AUGAACAAAUCACAACUGCCACACGACUACCUAGAGAGAGUCUAUGCAGGAGUACUUGGGAAACUUAUUGGCGUGUAUGUCGGACGCCCAUUCGAAAACUGGACUCAUCAGAGAAUAAUUGAAGAGCUCGGCCACAUUCGCGGCUACGUUCAUGAAAGACUUGGUGAUCCCCUCGUCGUCACUGAUGACGAUGUCUCUGGCACAUUUCAGUUUGUGAGGGCUCUAGAAGAGCACGGGUGCAAUCCUGACAUAUCUUCUGAAGACAUUGGAAAAACCUGGCUCAAUAAUGUUAUAGAGAAUCGCACAAUAUUCUGGUGGGGCGGUAGGGGUAUGUCAACAGAACAUACAGCCUUCUUGAAUUUGAAGCGAGGCAUACCUGCGCCUCUUAGUGGUGCGAUACAGACAAAUGGACGGACAGUUGCUGAGCAAAUAGGUGCGCAAAUCUUCAUUGAUGGCUGGGCUCUAGUAGCUCCGGGGAAUCCUAGCCUUGCAGCCAAGCUUGCUCGCGCUGCUGGCUCAGUUAGCCAUGAUGGAGAGGCUGUAUAUGCUGCUCAAUUGUGGGCUGCAAUGGAGUCAGAAGCCUUCAUAUCAAAGGACAUCGACCACCUUCUCAACACUGGCCUUUCAACUAUCCCUGAAGACUCUCUCGUUGCUCGUGUAAUCGGAAACGUUCGGAAAUGGGUCGCAGAAGAUGGGGAUUGGACGAAAACCCGCCAGCGCAUAGAGGAGUCGUAUGGAUACGACAAGUUUCAUGGCAUUUGCCAUGUAAUUCCCAACCAUGCCCUUAUGAUAAUGGCUGUACUUUACGCUAGCAAUGAUUUUGAUGAAGCUAUGCACAUCAUCAAUACCUGCGGCUGGGACACGGACUGCAAUUCUGGUAACGUGGGCUGCCUUGUUGGCAUCAUGCUUGGACUCCCUGCUUUCCAAGGGAAUUAUGACUGGAGGGGUCCAUUGGCAGACCGUGCUCUCAUUUCGAGUGCAGAUGGUGGAUAUUCCAUCAACAACGCUGCCCGGAUUGCAUACGACAUUGCCAACAAGGGCCGACUGCUGGCUGGCCACGAUACCCUUCAACCUCCAAAGCGUGGCGCGCAAUUCCACUUUAGCCUUCCAGGAAGCGUUCAGGGCUUUCAGCUGUCAUGGCCGUCUGGCAGUGGGCAGGGCGCUUCAGCUGUGCUACAGCAGCGAGUCAAUGAUGCCCAUGGCCCUGGAUUGGCGAUAGAUGUGGAAAAUAUAUACAGAGAACCAGGCCAGAUUGAGGUUCUUACUCAGACCUUUACACCGAAAGAGGUCUUAUAUAUGAAGACUUAUGAGUUGAUGGCAUCACCACUGUUAUACCCAGGUCAGACAGUCAUGGCCAAAGUGUACAUCGGUGGCGAGGGAGACGGCAAUAUAAGUAUUGGGCUGAGGUUGAAGGUAUAUAGCCGAAACGAUGACCUGGUCGAAGUUGAUGGCCCUGCUGUUACACUUGCCAUUGGGGAGACUCAAUCCCUACUUUGGACAAUACCAGAUGAAAUGGACAGUCAGCCUAUUCAGAAGAUUGGUAUCGUGCUUAGAUGGGGUUCAGCACAACCUUUUGAAGGUACCGUUUGGCUUGACAGCCUUUCCUGGACAGGCGUGCCUAAUAUGAUACUCAAAGUACCUCAACAGCAGCCGUGUGGAUUCUGGCGCCGUGCUUGGAUCAAUGGCGCCGAUAAUUUCAGCAACUCUUCGUUCCUGAUUGCCCAAGGGCAAGGCGAGGGCAUUAUAAUUUACGGCACGCGAGAAUGGGAUAACUACAGUAUCACAAUUCCGAAUUUCAUGGUCAAAUUCGGGGCUCCAGCUGGUCUAGCUAUCAGAGUUCAAGGACUCAACCGUUACUACGCCGUAACUUUCACUGCCGAUAAGAGGAUCAACGUCGUUAAGGCACACGACGCGCACAGGAGCAUACUCUCAUCUGCGGCGUUUCCAUGGGAGUUGGACUAUAAAUAUCGAGUAACAUUGGCAGCUCAUGGCGAGAACAUUGUUGCUCGUGUUGGUGAUACAGAAUUACGUUCUGUUGAUGGUGCGUACAGAGGAGGAGGAUUUGGGCUUAUCGCCACAGACGGCUGUGUUUCAGCAGAUUGCUUUGUUAUUUCAUAG